AUGGCUGAGUUAGCUGAGUUGCCUUUAGACGUCAUCGACGAAAUCUUAUCAAGAAUGCCUCUCAUCGGGUACAUCUCUCGUCGACCCUAUAAACCAUCUAUUCUCAGUUUCUUGCUUAUCAACGAGUUGAAAGAACAUACUCCUGAAACGAACUCGGUAAUGGAGUUUGGGUGUCAAGAAUCGUUGAUGGUUUUGGGUUCUUGCAAUGGGCUGCUUUAUCUAUCACAAAACCAUGGUAAUGACAUGACUACUUUGGUUGUGAUAGAUCCUCUAAGGAAAGAACGUUAUGAGUUGCCACCUAUAGAUAUUAUGUUAGGGGAGUAUUUCCAAGGGUCAUGUGGUCUUUGUUUUGAUGAUUCUACAAACACGUUCAAGAUGGUUUGA